GGGGCUGAGCCUAAAGGAGAGAACAAAAUGGGACUCCGCAGGUUGGACAAAAAAUGUUGCUAGCGUUUCCCAGAGGUAUGUUAUUCCUUCUUAAAUAUCUCUUUUAGAAACAAACUGCACAAGGAUUAGGUCAGAAAUCAUGUGCUGGAUUUAAAUAAUAAAUAGUGUUUCUUGGCACCAGCAUCAGUAGAACGCAAUCAUCUUUAUUAUACAAAGUAUGAGACUCUUUAGUACUGAAUAACAUUUUGCGUUGCCUCUGCUAAAUCAGAGCUAUCGAGAUGUUAAGGCAAACAAACAUUGAUUCAAGCUGCGGAUUCGGGUAAUGUUCUCCACCUACUCAAAAGCAAGAGUGCAUUUUUGCAUCGCAACAGUGAAUUUGAGUGAUUUAUGAUCCCAACUUGUAUUUCCAAAAGGCUUUUCUUUACUAGUUUAGAGGGUGGGGUCCCCCCCCCAUAAUUUUGUCUCGUUGAGGUAAUCCAUAAAUCUAUCAGUAAAGAUAGUCAUCACUAACCUCCGUGGCCCCUCGGUGACAAGCCCCAUUGUCAAAGGCAGGCGAUGUGCCAGGAAACUGUGACUCCCAGAGAGAGUGUGCAAGGUUAGGGGCAAAGCAUGCUAUUGCCAGAGAAACUAUUCCGAGUGGAUUUGUGUGGAACAACAACGAUAUCCAGUGACUAGUUAAAUUAGCCACAGAUGUGUUUUCUAUAGCACUGUCCAAGAAGAUACACAGUACUUUAAGGCUCGGUUGAGGCGUAAUGAUCUUCUGAAGUCAAAUCAGAUCCAAGCAAAACUGCAUCUGUACUAGGAAAGCUUUUAAGGACUUGUGUAACAUGAUUCAGGCGAGUAGAUGAAUCAGACUGCUGCGCGCUGAACAAGGAGCACAUCGGUGAGAGAUGAGGGUCUUUGUAAACAGAAGUUUAGCUAUGGAAAAGAUCAAGUGCUUUGGUUUUGAUAUGGAUUAUACGCUUGCUGGGGAGCCCAGUGUAACUCCGUCAAGACUGGAGUGACACUCUGAAUCUGCAUCUGCCUCAUGAAGGCUAUAGAAUUGUUACUGUAUGUGUCUUGGCAGCAAAGUGUAUAAAUCCCCUGAAUACGAAUCUCUUGGAUUUGACCUGACCGUAGAAAGAUUAGUUUCCAUUGGAUACCCACAUGAGCUGCUCAAUUUUGUGUAUGAUCCUGCAUUCCCUACCAGAGGCCUGGUGUUUGAUACCCACUAUGGAAACCUGCUGAAAGUUGAUGCCUAUGGAAACCUCCUGGUGUGUGCACAUGGCUUUAACUUCCUCAGAGGGCCUGAAACACGGGAUCAAUAUCCGAACAAAUUUAUCCAGAGAGAUGACACAGAUAGGUUUUACAUUCUGAACACAUUGUUCAAUCUACCAGAGACCUACCUAUUGGCUUGCCUUGUGGAUUUCUUUACUAAUUGUGACCGGUACACUAGCUGUGAAACAGGGUUUAAAGAUGGAGACCUCUUCAUGUCAUUCAGGAGUAUGUUCCAAGAUGUCAGAGAUGCUGUUGACUGGGUUCAUUACAAGGGAUCGCUCAAGGAGAAGACCCUUGAAAAUUUGGAAAAGUAUGUGGUGAAAGAUGGGAAGCUGCCACUGCUGCUGAGCCGCAUGAACGAAGUUGGGAAGGUGUUUCUUGUGACAAACAGUGACUACAAAUACACAGAUAAAAUUAUGACUUACUUGUUUGACUUUCCACACGGACCAAAGCCUGGGAGUGCCCAUCGGCCAUGGCAGUCCUACUUUGACCUUAUCCUGGUGGAUGCACGGAAACCCCUCUUCUUUGGGGAAGGCACUGUGCUGCGGCAGGUGGACACGGUGACUGGGAAGCUGAAGAUUGGUACCUACACUGGCCCACUGCAGCACGGCAUUGUGUAUUCAGGAGGCUCCUCAGACACAGUCUGUGACCUGCUGGGGGCUAAAGGAAAGGAUAUUCUGUACAUUGGAGACCACAUCUUUGGAGACAUCCUCAAAUCCAAGAAGCGCCAGGGCUGGAGGACCUUCCUGGUGAUCCCUGAGUUGGCACAGGAGCUACAUGUCUGGACUGACAAAAGCGCCCUUUUUGAAGAGUUGCAGAGCCUGGACAUCUUCUUGGCCGAGUUAUACAAGCAUCUGGACAGUAGCAGCAAUGAACGCCCUGACAUCAGCUCCAUCCAGAGACGCAUUAAGAAAGUGACCCAUGACAUGGACAUGUGCUACGGGAUGAUGGGAAGCCUCUUCCGCAGUGGCUCCCGGCAGACACUGUUUGCCAGCCAGGUGAUGCGCUACGCCGACCUCUAUGCAGCCUCCUUCAUCAACCUCCUUUACUACCCCUUCAGCUACCUCUUCAGAGCCGCCCACGUCCUGAUGCCACACGAGUCCACGGUAGAGCACACACACGUUGACAUCAACGAGAAGGAGUCACCCAUGGCCACGCGCAAUCGCACCUCGGUGGAUUUUAAGGAUUCUGACUACAAGCGGCACCAACUGACCCGCUCCAUCAGUGAGAUCAAACCGCCCAACCUCUUCCCCCAGGCACCUCAGGAAAUCACACACUGCCACGACGAAGAUGACGAUGAGGAAGAGGAAGAGGAGGAGGAAGAGGAGGAGGAGGAGGAAGAAGAAUAAGAAGGAAAAAGUAAAGCAUUUCUGAAGAUAAACCAUGACUAGCAGUGAUCAGGAACAGAUUCCUAUGUUGGGGCCCUUGGGGUGAUGGGUUGGGGGUGUGUGAUUCCUGCAAAGGCACAUUUUGAAAGCGGCUGGAAACUUUCAACCAAUUAACACUAAUCAGGAGGAGACCUUUGUUUUCAGUUCUGCAGACGGUUCAACAAGCUGAUGGAUCUGCCUGGGUGGUGCGGAUGGCGCCGCCUGCCCCGUGCUGUAAUGCUGCUCCCAUUCCAUUUGGGGAUGCUGCAUGAUUUUUCCUUUCCCAUGAUGUGUUUCCAUUCAAACGGUGUCCUGUAAACGGUUUUUGCCAUUUGUUACAUUCAUGUGGAGGAGGAAGGGAUGUGCUGAGCCCUGCAGGAGACACGACAAUCCAACUCCUGCCGUUGGUUUGCCGCUCUUUGCUCUCCUGCAUUCAGACCACCCCCACCACGUUAGCCAGGGCGCUGCUGCGGCUUCCAGCUCCACGUCCACCCCUGCUUGCAAGAGUCUCCCUGUGAAUGGUUCAGUUCCUCCGUCCAUCACAGAUAGCAGCAGGAUUUUGGCUCUUACGUGCAUUUUGCAGUGUACACAUUUCGGUUUGUAGGCGGUGUUGUCCCCUCCCUGUUUCACACUCUCUUUCAUCAGCAGCAUUCAGUGCCUGAUUACCAGCACGCUUCCCAAACAGCGGAGCCGCACGCUGUGUUCUCAACUCAGCUCCUGUACUUCCAACAGUAAAUAUCAACCCCACAGCUUCAAGCUGCUGCUUUAGCAUUACAUUAGUUGGCGCUUGUCUUCCUCGCUGCCUGUUCCUGACCCUCCUGUCUGCUCAGCGUCCCAAAGACAAAACCAGCCACAGUGAAGGGCCCAGUCUUCCAGGGUGCUGUGGGCCACGCAGCUCUGCCCUGCAAUAGGAAACAGCAUAUGCCACAGUGCUGGGCAGGAGGCUCCCAUCCACCCCCAGCUCCAUUGCCUUUGGCCCGGUGCGGAGCACAGCGAGGCCACGUCCUGGCUGAGGGGUGACUCAUGGCUGCCAUGUGGGGACCGGUGUGGCUGAAGGUGCAGCUCUGCCAUCUCUGGUCUUUCUCUGUGUUGUGGGUGCAGCUUCCCUGACUCCAGCCUGUGCCGUUCACAUGUGAAGGGAUUACAAGUGGGGGCCCUCUUGUAAUGAAUUCGACUGUUGUUUCAGUACCAUAAGCGCAUUUAAUCCUCUUUUUUUCCUUUUUCUCCCCCCCCCCCCCCCCCCCCCCCCCCCCCCAUUUUAAAGUACCUUAGGAGAAAAUAAAAAUAAUACACACCACCACCUCUGAGCAGGAAAUGCUGCUACUGACGUGGCAGUUGUUCAAGUCAAUAAACCGUGAUGUUUCUAAGAA